GGAGGGAUCUCGCAGGGACUACACCCUGGAGCAGCCCGAUUUCCUAUGCUUUUCUUUCCUGUCCGAACACAGAUUAAAGCGGGGACGUGACGGUGAGCGGAGCCGUAGGUUGAGCUGGAGACAAAACAACGUUUGAAAAUAACACUACAGCAGCUAAACCGAACGCAACCUCAUUUAAGCUUUUGAAUAAAUUGUACAUUUUAACAAAAAAUAAACGCAAAUAUGUCCUGGCAGAGCUACGUGGAUAACCUGAUGGCCGAUGGCAGCUGCCAGGACUCCGCCAUUGUCGGUUACACGGACGCCAAAUACGUCUGGGCAGCAUCAGCCGGUGGUACUUUUCUCAGCAUAACGCCUUCAGAAAUAGAUGUGCUUGUGGGCAAGGACCGGGAGGGUUUCUUCACCGGUGGCAUGACCUUGGGUGCAAAGAAGUGCUCUGUGAUCAGAGAUAGCCUUCAUGUUGAAGGUGACUGGACAAUGGACAUCAGGACAAAGAGUCAAGGUGGCGAGCCAACAUACAAUGUUUCUGUAGGCAAAGCUGGCAAAGCAUUGGUUUUAGUCAUGGGAAAGGAUGGUGUCCAUGGAGGGAAACUCAACAAGAAAGCAUAUACAAUGGCUGAAUACCUGAGGAAGUCUGGAUAUUAAGCAGCUUCACCCCAUCCACCUAGCAACUCAUUCUCAUCACCACCCAGUUGCAUUGGCAGUGCUGCCAGACUAGUUGGUAGUUGCUUUUUUUUUUUUUUUUUUUCCUACACUUUUUUGUUUGUUUUCUGAUGUCCUUGAUCCCUUUCUCCCUUCUGUUUUAUUUAUAUACUUUAACACUGUGUACCAAAUCCCAUUCUGGCACCAUUGUUGCAACAUAGAUCAUGAAUAAGCAUGUUAUACAUUUUAAAAUUGCAAAAAAAGAAAAGGAAAAAAAAAAAAACCUAAAAAACAAACACAAAAAAAGUGGGCCAAUGUGUUACAUCUUGGCUCUGCUUAAUGUUAACAUAUAAAGAACUGUUGGCAAAAACGAAGAACAAAAAUUAAGUGAAGGACAACAACUUUAGUAGUACAAUCUUGAAUUGAGCGAUGCCUUUUGAGCAGAAACUGAUCUCAAUUAGUCUUCCUUUUCUAGAGCUUGUCUGGGAGAGAGGUGCAUGCAUAGCUUGGCUUGUUUGACCCCCCCCCUCUCCUUUGUCUUUUCCUUGCCUUGCUUGUUCCCAAAGGUGACACUCCAACAUUACACAAGGAGGCAUGCUUUCCUACAUUAUUAACCACUAUACCUUUAUUUUCCUUCUAAUAUUGCAACUAACUGUUGCAAUAUCUGUUUUAGAGUUGCAGAAUCCUGCAUCAAUGCUUUUUGCUGUUGCACUUAGUCAUGGUCUUACAAGUAGCAGGUAGAAUAACGUGUCUGAUUAUUUCGAGUGCAAUGGUAAAACUUUUCCUCCCAUGACCUCUUCAUCACAUCCCUGACUUUAUAAUCUCCAUGGACAUUCCAUCGUUACAAUAGCUCAGGCACUUAACUAUUGUUUGCCAGCUCCUGUAAUAUAUGUAUUUCUUUUUUUUUAUUUUUUAAAAAGGCUGCCAUUUUGGACAGUAGAUAUCCCAACAUAACCACCUGGAGUGUGCCCAGUUUAAAUUUUCAUAGGACCAAUUUUAGUUACAGCUUGGGAUUUUACAAAACUGAUCUACAUUGUUGUAAAGGACAACUGCCAGCUUCAACUACAUACUGGGAACACUAUUGUAAUCUAUUGUCUGAUGACCUAAAGUGGUAAAAACUGCUGCUCAAACACCAGUGUGUGAGUUGGGGAUGGCAGUCUCCUCAUUUGACACUACUGUUUUGUUGCAAAACACUAAAGCAAAUUGAUCGCACUUGACCCUGUAAGCCCAUGCUGCAGGAAAACUGUGGAAUAAAUUGCCUUGUGCUCUAGUCAUCAACUGAAAGAUGUGUUAUCAGACUGCCUGUUAAAGCACGGUACUAAAUAUAUGUCCAAUUUAAAAAAAAAAAAACAAACUUAAUUUUAAGUUCUGUAUACACUAAAUAAAUGGGAGAUGGUAUCGGUUGGUUGGAAUAAGCAAACUUGGUUGUCUUGUGGAAAACUUUAUACAAAAUCUGUGUAUCCUGUGCCAUAAUGUUGUAGAGAUAUGAUCUGUUGCUAUUGUGAGAUGGAUUUUAACGGCUACCCAGCAAGGAGUCCGUCAAAUGGCACCUCCUUAGGGACAUUUUAGCAUAUGCUUGAAAUGUUCUGGCCUUGUGGAAUAUGUACAGAUUAAAAAAAGAACAAAAAAUAAUAAUAAUCUUGUUGCUGAUUUACGUUCAUUUCUUUCCCUGCACUUUUUUUUUUCUUACAUUGGGAUAGUCUAACUCAUCUGAUUUUAAUAUGCAUUUAAACAAAAUGCCAUAGAUUGAUAAACCACCUUGUUUACAGACAGAUGAAAUAAAUGUAUUCCAACCAGAA